CAGUGGUGUCUUCUGAAGGAAGAGGAAGUCAUUCCCCGUAUCAGAGCUAUGGAAGGGCGUAGAGGACGACCACCAAAUCCCGACAGACAGCACUCUAGAGAAGAGUCAAGAAUGAGACGACGCAAAGGCCGACCUCCAAAUGUUGGUAGCACUGAGUUUCUAGACAACACUGAUGCAAAGCUUUUAAGAAAGCUCCAGGCUCAAGAAAUAGCUAGGCAAGCAGCACAAAUAAAGCUACUGAGAAAGCUCCAGAAGCAGGAACAAGCUCGAGCUGCCAAAGAAGCAAAAAAACAGCAAGCUAUUAUGGCAGCUGAAGAAAAACGAAAGCAAAAGGAGCAGAUAAAGAUAAUGAAGCAGCAGGAAAAAAUUAAGCGAAUCCAGCAAAUCAGAAUGGAGAAAGAACUUCGAGCUCAGCAAAUUUUAGAGGCAAAAAAGAAAAAGAAGGAAGAAGCAGCAAAUGCCAAAUUAUUGGAGGCCGAAAAACGAAUAAAGGAAAAAGAGAUGCGAAGGCAGCAAGCUGUUCUUCUGAAACACCAGGAACGAGAAAGGAGAAGACAGCAUAUGAUGCUUAUGAAAGCCAUGGAAGCACGUAAAAAAGCAGAA